GCUGGGUCAACUGUCUUACCCCCCCGCCUCUCUCAGUUCGUCUGCACUCACUGCUCCCACUCAUUCUUUGACACUCGCUUUUCUCGUUUGAACCACAACUCAUCGAUUUUAUUCUCGCUCAGUAGAUUCAUCAUCAGGAAACAGCAGGAAGACAGAGAAAAAGGAAUCAUAUGCUGAGAGGCCUCAUCUACAGCUAUAAGCCAGAGAUUGCCUAAUGUAUUCAUCUGGCUUAACAGGCCUUUCUGAAGGAGACUUCUUCAUCAAAACGGGCAACGAGAAUUAAGCCGAACAGAUGGAUGACCUAGAUGAUAAGAUUUCAUCCUCUGGGUUCGAGCCACUCUUCAUUAAGGAAGAGGAGGGGGAACCAGAGAGAGCCCUCAUGGAACAAGGAGAGUGCAACACAGACCUACAUGGCGUCACCUUCACAGGAACGCAGCUAAAGCAAUCAUCUUUAAUAAAGCCAUACCUACAGGAGAUGGAUGACUUACUGAAGAGCUGCGAGGAGCUCACCGGUAUUUCCUUUGGUUCUCAAUACACUGAAGCAAAUCUGACCGAAUCCAGUCAUGGUCAGGGCAAAGAGGAAGUUACAGUGGAAAAGUACGGAGAAACAUGGAAAUGCCCCCAAGCUUAUCUCUCAACUAGCUACAUUGACACACACAUAGAUGGGACUGGUACAGAAGAAAAGCCUGUGCAAGGCCAGUUGCAAAACAUGGGCACUCUAUUCAACAGGUGUGGAGUGACAUCAGAACGUUCUCACCAGACAGAAAUGCCUCUGACCUCAGCAGGUAACAAACUGAGCAAGACCAUGGUGGAAUAUGAAGGCCAGCUGUUAGGGAUGCUAGCCAUGCUGGAGAGCUGCAUGGAAGAAGCUGGCAUGGACUUUGAACCCCAAGACUGGGUUACAGAUGAAAGCCAAGAAUAUGUACACAUUAACAAGAACCCUCAGCUUUACAGAGGUACAACACUGGUGCCCAUUCAGCAAGAGAGGCCAUUAAAGAUGGAGAUCCAGCCAAUGCAAUUAGAUUCCUGGGAAGAAGGUCAGGUUUCCAAGGACAACGGGAACAGAAUGACAGCAGGUUCAACAACAAAUCGCAGCCAGCAGAAAGAUUUGUCUGGCUGUGUUAUGAUGGGUGGGUUCUCUGUGGAAAGAUUAGAAAGGCCAGGUCAUCUAAAAACAGAUAAGGGGUUCGGAUUUUCAGGAACACCAGCAGAAAAGGACCCAGUGUACUGUGAGGGGACAAAGCCUGGACAUGUAUUUGAAGAACGCAUGGAAACAAUGGAAGAUGCAAGUGAGACUGAUGUAAAUGUCAGUGAACUACCAUCUGAGGAGAGACGUGAACUCAAGACAGACACCUUAGAUCUGGGAUCUGGCAUGAAAGAAUUAGGGGCCUUGCAGACUCAGAUGGAGGACUGCAUAGAAGGGGUACAGCAAUUACAGAAGAGGAGGAUUGAGCUGCUGGUAGAGGUACUGCAACUGAGAGGGGAAAAGGGCCAAGAGGAGGCAAAAAUGGCAAGUGAGGAGGAGGAGACAGAGGAGUGGAUUGAUAGCAAAGUGGCAGACCUGAUGGAUGUGCUCAAGAAAGAAGAAGAAGGAAGAAGGGAGGAGAGAAAGAGGGAGAUAAAGAGCCUUAGGGAGGAGAGGGCAGAGGAGGAAAGAAGAAUGUGGAAGGUGAACCUGGAGCGACAGGGGCUACAAGACGAGCUCAGAAAGCUGAAGAGGAGGCUCUUCGCAAUGGCGAGGGACUGCGCCCACAGCCAGGCAGCUCUGAACAACCAGCGCCGUGAGGUGGAGCUGCUAAAGAGAGAAGAGGAGAAGCUGAACUCCCUGAUGCUCCAGCUGACAGAAGAGGGCUACCAGCUCAGGUUGGCCCAACAACAACAGCUCUCAGACCUGAUUGCAAAGCUUCAGGACCAGAGCUCCAGUCAGACUCCCAACACUGCAGAGGAGCUGACUGAAUGUAGGAGGCAUUCAUGUGGGGACAUACAGCAGUAUCUGCAGGGUGGACUGAGAGCACUAGAGGACAGGUAUGAGCCAAUUUUGCUUGCACUGCUGAAAAGAAGAGAAGCAACAGCUGGUGCACUGGUUAAAGCCAAAGAGCAAGCCCAGGAGCUGAGGGCCCAGCUGAGACCUCUGAGGGAGGAGAUAGAAAAACUGAAGCUGCAGAGGGCGUGUUUGGAGGAGAAACUCAAACUAAUCCACAUGCAAAGAAGAGAAAAUGUGGGACAGUACAAGGAGACAGUGCACUUCCUGGAGGAGAGCAGCAGAGAGCUGAAGACUGAGUUAAAGAUUCAGAAGAGAAAAACUAAAGAGAUCAAGGAGUUGAGAGAUAGCCUUGCUGAGCAGCUCCUGCUUUGCAGAGAUGCUAUUGAGGACCAUAACAAGGGUGAUGAUGAGGAGAAAACAUGACUGUUCUUCAUUUAAAAAAAGAGCUUGUGUGGUUUAUUAAGCAAACAUAGUAAACUCCAAAGGUUUGACAAAUGCACUUUAUACAAACAUGCUGUUACACGACAAAACUGAGAUUGACCUUUGUUUUUUAAUAGAAGAGUUUGUAAAGAUAGACUGCAGCCUGUAGAAUGGGUUUUGUUAUGAAUAAAG